UCUUUUCCCACUACGCUAAGCAAAUUGUGAUACCAUGAUUAUUGAGAAUAGUUUAUGAAAUCAUCAAAACAAUUUUUUUACCCUCAAAAUACUAUAGCCUAUAUCUUUUUGUGCCGUAAAAAUGCAAUUUUUGCAUUUGACAAGUGAUUUCACAGCGAGAAUUGUCAUCAAAAUUAUCAGAAGAAACUGCAAAUAAUUCAUAAGAGUGAUCUACAAGUAAUGCUUCAAUAAGUUGUUUGUUUUGUUGGUGUGUUUUUUUUUCUUUUCAAGAAAGACAUUUUUCAAUGAAAUAUAUAUAGUGAAAAAAUAAAAUGACUCACUAGUAGGUCGGUAGGUGUUGUGAACGACAACUCUUGGUAUCUUGAGCUGUAUAGGUUGUGUCCCUUGAUUGAGAACUCUUCAGUGACAUAUCAUCAUGGCAGACUGGGAAGAAGUGAAACGUCUGGCGGCUGAUUUUCAGCGAGCCCAGCUGAGCAGCACAAAGCAAAAAUUAUCGGAAAGGAAUGUGAUUGAAAUUGUUGCCAAGUUGAUGGAGCUAAAGUUAAUAGAUGUAAUUCACACAUUGGAUGGCAAGGAGUAUCUCACUCAUCAAGAGUUAGCCAAGGAAGUUCAGGAUGAAUUGGUUAUACAUGGAGGGAGGAUCAAUUUGGUAGACCUGCAGCAGAUUCUGAAUGUUGAUUUUCGACACAUUGAAGACAAAGUCACAGAGAUGGUAAAACAGGAUCGGAGCCUAAUGUUGGUUCUAGGUCAGCUCAUGGACAGGAACUACCUCGACAGCAUGGCAGAAGAAGUGAAUGACAAACUCCAGGACAAGGGCUACCUGACAAUGGUGGAAAUCACUAAACAAUACGAUUUACCGUCAGACUUUGUGGCAUCCCACAUUAGAGACAGAGUUGGAAAGAUUAUAAAAGGAAAGCUGGACUCCCAGGACAAGGACGUGAUUUACACAGGAACCUUCAUCAACAGAAUGAAGUCACAGAUCAGGGGAGCUCUUAGUGCGGUCACGAGACCAACAACUGUCACCAUGGUAAUGCAGCGAUACGGAUUCCAAGAAAGGCUCUUCUUCUCUAUUUUGGAGGAACACGUUCAUACUGGCCGAUUGAAAGGAAGUCUGGUGGGCAGACAGGAAAAGAUGAUAUAUAUUCCUGACAUCUACACCAGGGCACAGAAUGAAUGGGUGGACAACUUCUACAAGCAAAAUGGCUACCUAGAAUAUGACAAUUUGGUGCGACUUGGAAUCUCUGAUCCGAAAACUUUCAUUAAGAAGCGAUUCAAAUCUGACCCCAUUGUUUACUUGAAGCGUGUAUGUGUGGGUAGUGGUCUGAUAGACCAGAUUGAGGCUUCGAUAGAGGAAGCGGUCAGCACGGACGGGUAUUCCGAUGUCAUGCCUCUGCUGCCGUCCAUGUUCUCUGAGGAGGAUUGUCAUCUUCUGCUCCAGGAGUGCGUCAAGAAGCAGACGGACGCCAUUAUAUGCUGUGAUACCAUAGUAACCAGUCAGAAAUACAUAUCCAAAUGGAAGCAGCCUUUUAUGUCUCUAGUCACAGAAAAAGCAGAGAAGGAUGCUAGAAGUAACCCACAGCUAUUUCUGGCAGAGGAGAAGAAAGGAGCAUCAUCGAGGUUUGUGAUGGAGGAGGGGUCAAAGGAGGACAGGAAAGAUCAACGGAAGAAAAAACAAGCUAAGUUAUCUCCCUCUUGGCUGAUAGAGGUCGCACCCGGGUGUUACCAAAUGGUGGUAAAAGGUUCAACUAAAAGUGGGGGAGGAAACCAAGGUCGAGAGGUCAAGAUGAAGGCCACCAAGAAGAAAUACCUUAAAGGCCGUGGGGAUCAGGGAGGGGACUCCGACGAGGAGGAAGUGUCACGCCCCCGACACACAGAAAUACAGUUCAUGACUGUGGAAGAGAUCACAGAGGAACUUCAGAAACAAUCCGAGUUGCGGGAUUGUCCGGAGGACUUCAUCACCGAAAUCGCUACACAAAUACAAAGACCAUUAAACAAAGACUAUCAACAGAGGGCUUUAGAGACACUGAGGUCCACAGUGACACAGAGCUCCGGAUCAGGGAAGAGGAAGACCCACACUGACCUACAGGAGAGGAUCACAGGACUCUGGACCAAUGUCCUGCUGUUUGAGAAAGGAACCAAAUCUUUCCCAGAGGAGACUGAAGUUCUUCUGACCAAGCAUCUACUGAAGACUGUGUGUAGUGACAUUACGAACAUUAUUGUAAUUGCUCUUGUGAAUGAACACAUGUUGUCCACAUCUGAAGAGGAGGAAACCUUAACCCCAGAGUCUCGGGCCAAGCUGAUCAGUAAACUGCCUGAUGGUGUUCAACAGAAUGCAACCAGACUGAACAGCUCCCUGAGUGGAAAGGCAUUGGAUGAGUUUUACAAGCAAUUAGACGUACUCUGUGGCCCAGAACACCUCGGAAUUCUUCUGAGAAAACCCGACAAACGAAAAGAAAGACAACUGAUUUUUAAUCACCGCCAGUCCCUUCUGGAUCAUAUUCAACGAGAAACAGAUCCUGCCAUGUUGCUACACCUGUCCGUAGUCGUUCUGUUCCAGACUUUUACCUCCAACAUCAUUCAUGCCCCAGGGAAAUAUGUCCCCCAAAUCAUUACCUUUCUGAAGCAAUACCUAGCUCCAGAGUCCCACCAGUUGCUUGUACGCAUGCAGGACCUGGUUAUUCAGCAGAUGAAACUGCAGGGUGAAGACAAGGAUAGUUCAGAGGUCACAGCAGAAUUAGAUCAGCUGAAACCACAGGUGGUAGACGUCGCCAUAAAGACAAAGAAAACAUCACAGAAACAGGAAGAAGAAAAGUGAAAAUAGAAAGACCGACUCAUUCAUAAAUGUACAUGUGUUUCGUACAUACAUGUAGUACAAAUAACCUUUAAAGAAACGUUUUAAUAUUUGUUGCCUUGCAUAGUUUAGUGAAAAAAUCUUUAUAAAAAGUUAUAAAUUAUUCAGUGGAAAUAUGUUACAAAGAAAUAGAUAGAAUGAUGCAAUUAAACAGACAGUAACAUA